AUGAGUGAGCCCAACAUGAUUGUGGAAAGCGAUGAUGUGCUUGAACUACAAAACGAACCUAUUGAAGAGUUGAGUACCGAAGAUGGAAAGCAGACGUUUGAUUCCGAUAUUGAAGUUGACCAUAACCUAGAGCCUCAAGCGGGAGCACAGGAAACUAGCUCAGUAGUCAAGCCUUUCGACUUUAUCGAUGUUGAAAAUGAUGGCAACAACGAUGAUGAUGAUGAUGACUCGAUACAAGUUGAUCCCGCUGUGAUAGAGUCCCAAACGUCAACAGUCGGCCGACCCGUGGAGAUUGACUCUUCUACUUCUCCCACUGAAGAAAGUCAAAAUAUCAAUAGCUCGAAUGGCCAAAAUGCCGAGACUCAAUUGCAGGGAAGCUCGGGCGUAGAGGAGAAUGUCAGCGGCGAAACAGUAACGAACGAAGAAGAAGAAGAGUUGGAAUAUGAGGAAGAGGAAGAAGAAGACAACAACAGCGGCGACGACAAUAAUGUCGUGGAAAUAGUGCCGCAGGUGGGAUCCAGCGGUGGCAAAAUUCGAGAAGAAGAAGAAGGAGGAGAAGCAUUAGAAGAAAACAUCGUGGAGUUGAUAGACGAAACGGAAGAGGCGCCUGCAACUAAAGACCUCGAAGUCAUCGACUUGGAAAAAGAAGAGGAAGAGACAGCCAACACUCAAUCGGGACUUCAACGAAUAGAUGAAGUGGCUCAGCAAGAGCAGCUUGAUGAUGCUCCGCUUGAAGGCGAAGCGAGAAGAUCUAACCUAAACGACAGUGAUUCGCUCAGCAACCAAGGAAACAAUACUGAAGAAACAGGGGAAGAUCUGAAUCUAGGAGACGUCGAUAACAACAACAACAACAACAAAAACGGCGAUGAUCAUCGAGAACAGAGUGACGUGAAAAAAAGAGACUUGGAUGGCCAGGAAGAGGUUGAAUUCAUACUAGCGAAUGGCGAGGGGCAAAAGAUUACGUCGAGGCAAAAGCAGGAAAAUCUUGAAAAAGUAGAAGAAGAAACUGAGCAAAGCGACAAGACACUUGGACUGAACCUUAACGAACACUUUGACGACGGUUUAGACGAGAUCAACACCUUGACUGCUACUCUGGAAACGCAGGAUGAAGAAGCUAUCGAGGUCAAGAGAGCCAGUAUACCGAUCUACCUCAGUCAUCACGACCAAAAAUUCUUGUUAUCGCCCAAUGAUUUGGCCGAAGAAGGCAUGUCGGUAAUUUUUGAAGACAAGGCACAUGAGUUACUUUCAAUCGAGGACUUUUUCGGUACACUAAGGAGCUGUGACGAUUUUGAUUUCAAAGUCAGCGAGGAGAUAAUCUUGAGCAUUCCUCAAUUUGGCGGCAUCUCGAUAACAGAGGAUAACGUCUACUGUAAAGAUUUGACAAUUGAGGAUUUUCUCGAUAUUUACGACAAGUUGUGCGAUUGCACUGAUUCCGAAGACAAGAUACCGAAAUUUCUUGAUUUAAAGUUGACGACUCAACCUCGAUUCAUUACCAAGUUCAACAGCUUAGUUGAAAAUGUGCAAAACCGCGGUGGCUUUGAAAGCAUCAUCAAAGCUGAAGUUGGAGAUGACGAUGAGUCGUCUCGUAAAAAGAGAAAGUUGGCAUCCGUCGAGUGA